UCAUCAUGGCGAUUGAUGGCGGUGAGCGAAACUGUGGAGUGCAUGAACUGGUCUGCGUCAGAAAAGUGUCUCCAGAGUUGGUAGGGUUUCUGACAACAAUAGGACUCUUCCUCGCACUCAUGACCCUCCUCUUCUGGUAUCUCAACAAGAAGCUGGCACUGGAGAAUCCAGGACGACUGAAGUGUCUCAAUGACUUCAGGAAGGAAAAUGAGCUGGGAAACAAGGCUCACUCUGAUGCCGAUCUUCACGGUUCAACCUCGGACAGUGAGGAUGAACUCAUUUCUCAGUAUCAAGAAGCAGUCAGCCGUUCCCAAGGCCUCAGAGUAGGAGCAAUGGUGGCUUCUACUGUGAAACAUGCAGAUGGUUUUCGCUGGCAUUGCCAUCUGAAAUACAGCCCUCUGACUGCUGAUUAUGACGGCUACAGCAGUGAAGCUUCAGUCUACAGUGCUAACUGCAUUCAGAGGAUGAGACAAACUCCCCCGCUGGAUGAGCUUCAACCACCUCCUUAUCAAGAUGAGAACGGCUCUCCCAGGAUGUCCUGCACACUGUCAGACCUAGGAGAUGCAAAGUGUUAUCUAUCCCAUACCAGUGGAAGUCCCCACCUUUCCUUUGGCAAAUGCCCGAGUGAAGGAAGCGAUGGUCUUGAGACCGACAGUUACCUUAACAAGGGCUAUGAAGAAGAUGCACCCAGUGACAGUACGGCUGUCCUCAGCCCAGAGGACUUAUCAGCCCAUGGAUCAGCUGCUCAGCUACUGAAAGGCUAUGAUCUGGAUCCACUUGACAAAUACGGCACUCUGGAUGUCAUGUUUGACUAUGACUGUGAAGACCAGCAGCUAGCAGUGACCAUCAUGGCGAUAUCAGAUCUACCCACCGUAAAGCACACCAGAAACAUCUCCUGGCAGGUCCAUCUAGUGCUCCUGCCCACCAAGAAGCAGAGGGCAAAGACGGGAAUCCAGAGAGGCCCGUGCCCAGUCUUCACAGAAACCUUCCUGUUUAGCAAUGUGGAGUCAGAGAUGAUAAGCAAUUAUGCCAUCCGAUUCCGUCUUUACAGUGUGCAGCGGGUGAAAAAAGAGGUGUUUGGGGAAAAGCUCUUCCAUCUCACCAAACUCAACCUUCAAGGCAGAAUUUCUGUGCCAGUUAUAUUAGACCCCUUCUGUGCUCUCCUGGGUGUUGAAGCCCAGGUCAGCCUAUCAGAUAUGACAUGCAGUGAAAGCGCCUCAUCAUUCCAGUCAGUCAGUCACAUUUCUGCACCAGAGAUCCUUGUUGGCCUGGUGUACAACGCCACAACAGGGCGCCUCUCUGUGGAGGUCAUCAAAGGUAUUCAUUUCAAAAACCUGGCAGCCAACAGGCCACCCGAUGGGCUGUUCUGUUGUCUGAAACACCUGAUAGGUGGGCAGGUUUAUAUUAUCAGAGAUACAUUUGUUAAGCUGACCCUACUUAACUCCAUGGGCCAUGAGAUGUCCAAAUGUAGGACAUCCAUCCGUCGUGGUCAGCCCAACCCAACCUACAAAGAGACAUUCGUCUUCCAGGUAGCCCUUUUCCAGCUUUCAGACGUCACACUGGUCUUCUCUGUCUACAGUAAGCGCAGCAUGAAACGUAAGGAGAUGAUUGGCUGGAUUUCGCUUGGCCUCAACAGCUCUGGAGAGGAGGAGCUUACUCACUGGACUCAGAUGAAGGAAUCAAAAGGACAGCAGGUUUGCCGCUGGCACAGUUUGUUGGAGUCUUAGCAAAAGAACAUUAAGGGAAGGGACUGGGAGUGCAAAAGGAUGGCGCCCAGUGCAGUUAGCGCAAGUUCAAUUAGGCAGACUGUUUGAUUCCAUUCUUCCUUUUAUUUAUCACUAAUCACUCAUUCAUUUGUCCGGUUACCAGCUGGUUAUGGGCGUUUACUCUCUAAAGUUCUAACCCUCUCUAAAUCCCAUCCUGUUCUCUCCUCUACAGUCUGUUAUUUCAGUGUGACUGCUGCAGCCCUCCUCCACCCCUCCUCAUCCGUGUUUGGGUCCAGCAGUGUUGCCCACUCCUCAGUAAGGAAAGUGAGAGGGACCUGGAUGCAGCCGAGGACCUUCACUUCAUAUCAGAGGUUGGACGAGUGCAGCCAUAU